AUGGAUCUUUUGGCUGGAUGCACUAUAUUUGGCUCAGGAAUGCUGCGAGGUUCCAGUGGCGGUCAACGAUGCUUGGAAGCUAAGAAUGAGUCUCUCACGCACGAUAAAAAGGAGGAGCUUCAUGACGUGGAGCCGGAACCGACAAGCAGCGGGGCAGGAGAGUAUCGAGCGAUGAAGGAUAUUCAACAAGUCGUCACAGCCUUCACAAACGCAUUGCACCGUAAGAGAAAAUCGCGAAUGGAAUAUGACCCGAGAGAAUAA